AUGAACGGUACUAACAUUGAAGCAGACGUCCAAAUCAAGAAUGAGAACGAGCAUGACCAUGAUGUGGACAGAGCACGAAGUUUCGAAGGGCAAUUAAACCGAUUCCUACAUCAAACCAAUACGACAGUCACAGGGAAAGCGACUCCGGUCGUUCAGCGAAGAAUAAUCACUCGCUCGCAAUCAAUCACCUCAAUCGACUCUACACAAUCUCCCUCUCCUUUACCAAGCAAAACACCAACAUUAACCAUACAAGAAUACAACCGCUCUCCAAUCCGCAAACCCAAAUCCCGCAAAACAUCCUCCAAGUCAACCGCCACCACCACCACCACCACCACAACAAUAUACUCACCCCCCUCCCGCCUCCGCGACUCAAUAACACCGAACCUAAUCCUCCUCCUCAUCGGCGUAAACCCGGGCCUCCUAACCGGCUCAACAGGCUACGCCUACGCGCACCCAUCAAACCUCUUCUGGAAGCUCCUCCAUUCCUCCGGAAUAACCACGAUCCGCCACCCACCAAGCGACACCUACCGUCUCCCGGAACUCUACAACAUCGGAAACACAAAUAUCGUCGAACGCCCCACCCGAGACGCAAGUAUGCUCUCAAAAGCUGAAAUGAAUGCCGGCGUCCCCAUCCUCGAGUCUAAAAUAGCAUCCUCAAGACCAGAAGCGGUUGCCUUGGUGGGUAAAAGUAUUUGGGAAAGUGUAUGGAGAGUUCGGCAUGGAAGGGCCAUAAAAAAGGAAGAGUUUAGGUAUGGAUGGCAAGAUGACAGUGAAAAUAUGGGGAAAUGCGAGGGGUGGAAUGGGGCGAGGGUUUUUGUGGCUACAACUACGAGUGGAUUGGCUGCUACUAUGAGUCUGGAGGAGAAGCAGGAGGAGCCAGAUAUGUAA